CAUCUAUGGUGAUUGCGCUAACAAAGAGGGAGAUUCGUGACAAACAAAAGCUGACAUACAUCAAAGGCUUCGUCUGCGAAACACAAAGGCCAAACGCACAUCAAAGGCUUUUUGAAUACUGUGAGACAACAUAUGUUUUGUAAGGAAAAAAAGAAAACUUCCCACUUAAAUUUUUUACGUAAACCGUCUGAGUUGAAGUAAUUAGUGAGCAAAAGAAACGAGAUGGCGUCGUUACACCCUGCGAACGUAAAUAUUCCCAGAGAUGAGAGUAUGUCAAACAUCACAAAGACCAUGAACACGGAGCCGACGAGGGAACUUUUGACAGUGAUUCAAAUAACCUGUUAUUCCAUAAUUAUCGUAAUCGGAACGAUAGGAAACUUGAUGUUGAUAUUCGAUUUGGUUACCAAACAUCACCUCAAAACCAGCCAGUAUUUUAUUUUGAAUCUGGCAAUAGUGGAUCUUUUGACUUGUACACUGAGUAUACCUUUCGACAUCAGCCUGCUCGUGGUGGGUGAUUGGCCAUUUGGUCCGGUAAUGUGCAGGGUCGUUUAUCCUCUUCAAACAAUUCUCAUGGCCGUUUCUGUGUUUACAUUGUUGUGUAUGGCGGUGGAACGUUACCGCGCUAUUCUACACCCACUAAAGCCUAAGAUACACGGGAGAGUUAUAAUAUUGGUGAUUCUACUUAACUGGGCUAUAGCUACGGGAUUGGUGUCACCAUAUGCUGCCGCGCUUAUGAUGAAGAACGGUCGCUGUGCUGAAAACUGGCCUAACAACGAUCCAAGAUACCCCAAAGCCUUUUCUUUAUGUGUGUUCCUCAUAUUGUACUUGAGCCCAUUGUGCAUCAUUACAGCUGCAUACGCUUGCGUAGGGAUAAGACUUCGUGCUAACAGUCAUAAAACGGAAUUACUUGUUGGAACUAUUGACUGCAAGAGCCGCUUGGCCAAGUCUCGAACGCAAAGAAAUAUCAGGAUUGUAAAAUUCUUUGUUUUAGCCGUGGCGGCUUUUGCUCUUUGUCUGCUGCCUUUUCAGGUCAUGUGGAUGUGGAGUGACUUUGGAAACGGCCAAGACUGGUCACAUUUCAAUGAAGUCCUCACGUUCGCUAACGUUAUGGUUUACGCAAACAGCGCGGUAAAUCCCUACAUAUUUGGUGCUCUGGGUCGCAGGUACAACUCCUGCAACUGUCUUCGACGGAAAAUUCCCAAAGAACGUUAUUUUGCACGUAAUACAUUUCCGUUUCAUGGAUUCGUCGCCAAAAGACGUUCCGCUGCAGGAAACAAAAAGUUAUUAAAGUCGCCUGAGAUAAAUAGUAUAAAACGAAACAGUCCAAACCCUGAAGAAAACCGAAGUAGAGAAAAAAACAAUCCUACUAGAACCUUAUUCGAAUCGUCAGUUUAGGAUCAAUAAUUCAUGGUUUGGCCAACAAACCGUUGUUUCGAUCCUGCAGAGACUCAUCAGAGACCCUUAGCUUACUAUUUAAGUAUCGCGUCACUAUAUGUAUCCUAUAAAAAGGUUCGCUGAGUAUGUUUACGAGUUCUGCCGUAUCAUGACAAGCCUGCAGGGCGAGUCAAAAUACAACAAAAAAGAGUAAAAAUAAUCAGCGAUACCACACUCCAAAAAGUCUAAUAAGUUAAUUAUUAUCCAUCUGCUUUACUUUAUGCGCAUUUCUCAUACGGCGGGAAAGGCGAAGCAGAUAAAAAAGAGGCGUGGCACGCGCAGCCGAUUGGCUAAACAAGCUUUUAACACUAUGAAAUAACCAACGAUCCAAAUCGUAGGUGAUAAUUUCAUUGUCGAUUCGCGCGUUAUUUGUACUCUUUUUGGGUUAGUGCAAGACAAAUGGAUGAUGAAAGGCCAGAUUGUUACAACGUUUUUUCUCCUGGCGAGACUUCAAACGCCGUAUUUGACGACAUAACCGAAAGUCGCCGAUAAAAAUCUUCGCGGGAGAGAAAUUUGUCAAUUGGACAGUACCCGCGUUCAAAUGUAAACACAGCACUGUCUAUAGAUGUGAAAUGAAGAUCGGUGUACGAGGUAUAAUAUCUUCUUCACAUUCCCCAACUGAAAUAUUACAAAAAGAACCUGUCGUUCCCCCUUUGUGUUUGGAGUACAUUUCGACUGAGUAUCGAAAUAUUUAAACGAGACUAAUCACAGCAGCAAAUCAGAGCGAAUAAAAAUAUCACAAAGAGCCAAUCAGAAUUUAAAUAAAAAACAGGCAAACUGACUGAAGCUGUAUCUGAAUGGUAGAGAAAGAGUCACAAGUUUCUGGACCAUCUAAAAAACGAAGUAAGAAGAGCAAACCAGAGCAGUCUCGAAAUACUUUCGACACUCAAUUGAUAAUUGCUCCAUACCAUCUACGAUGAUACUGCCUGUGGCCAGUACGCACUAGUUGAAUGUGCAAUCAAUAAAAACAGCUCCAAAGAGCUGGAACUGAUAUCUGAGAAUUUAUUAG